AUGAGUGGAUAUGACGGGGACGCUGAUGAUGCACUCCAAUUUGCAUCUUUUCUGUUAGGAAUAGUUGAUGCAACUGCUAUAUACACUAUUGUGGUGGGAGCGGUUCUCGCGCUGUUUUCUCUGGCCGGUCUCAUUGCCUCCUUUUGCGCGGGGAGCACAAUGUUGAAAGUGUAUGCUGGCAUCGUGACUGUCCUUCUUGCUGCACAAAUCAUCGUUAUUGCUGUGAUUUUCGCCAAACCGACGGAAUUCACGGUUUCCCUCACUAACACAACACAAGAUCUUCUCGAGUUGUAUGGAAGUAAAGGAGAAGAAGGAGCUCGAGCAACUGCUAUUUGGAGAGUGCUAAUGGAGACCGAGCCUCGGUGCUGUGGCAUGGAUGGCUACAACGACUUUGGUGAGUUGAAGACAAGCAUGCAUCUAAUAUAA